AUGGCUCCAGCAAAAACCCGAAAGAGAAAGUCGGGUCAGGACUUGCCUACCUAUAAAACCAUUGAUUCAGCCAGCCCGGAGGACUCUAAGCGUCAAAGAAAGUUGCCGGUGAGAGCCAAGGAUGGCGAGGCCCCCACAGCCACUUCAACACCCGCGCAAGGGAGCAUGAAGGUGUUCACGGAUGAAGACGACGCGAAGCCGGUCUCAGUGGCACCUUCGAAGGCCGCUGCUCCGGCCCUUGAGGAGGAGGAGGAGGAGGAUAGCGAUGAUGAGGCGCCAGAGGCUGUGUCAACCAGCAAGGUAGCAUCUGAUAUCAAGAAGUCCGCCCAAGCAGCCCAGAAGGCCGCUCGAGAACAAGCCGCGGAGCUGAAGCGUAAACGCCAGCAAAGAGACACCCUCCUCAAGCAACAAGCUGAGGAGCGCAAGAAGGCUGAGGAAGAAGCCCUGGCAGCUGAAGACACAGUCCAGAGCGAGUCGCUCACCAGGAAACGACAGACCGUUAAGGUCCAGGUGCCCAACCUCCUACCCGCCGAAUUCCUCACGGACUCGUCGAGCGAGGAUGAGGCCGAGGACGACAGGUUGGUCUCCGCCGGGCGCCCAAAGAGGAGAAAGAUCACCACAAUUCAGAAGAGUCUUGCGCGCGAGUCCAGGGGGCCCCGAGAUGAAAGGGUUGGCUCCACCGUGUAUCGCGUGGCGAAGAAGGUGGACGAGCGGAUGGCCCCGAAGUUGGGCAAGUAUGCCAAAAGUUCGAGGGAUUUACUGCUCAAGAGGAAUCGCACCGCCGUCAAACCUCAGCGCUCGGGCUUCUUGGUAAAGAAGUGA